AUGCCGCCCAAGCGUCCAACCCUCGUGUCCUCAUCGACGAACUCGCCGCAUUCGUCGCUUGCCUCUCCUCUCUUCCCUCCGCGACCCCGCCUAGACACAGAUGCCCGCAAGAACGUCUCCUUCCGCCGCAAUUCAAACGAUCCACCCAUGGAGCAGAUUAUCACUGAAACCUCGCCGUUGAUGCGGCCGCGGUUGUCAGAAGAUAUCGACGACCUACACAAGGUCGUCUCUCCCAUCGAUAGUGAAGAUUGGCAGGGUGACUACGACCAGGAUGAGACCAAGAGCAGUUUCUUUCUGUUCUUGCUGACUCUAGGGGGCCUUGGUCUGCAGAUCGGUUGGUCUGUCGAGACGUCCAAUGGCUCGCCAUACCUACUAUCUCUCGGCCUCAGCAAGUCUAUGCUUGCGCUCGUAUGGAUCGCUGGUCCUCUGUCAGGUGCAUUGGUUCAACCGUAUGUUGGAAUGAAGAGCGACAACUGCCGCAUAAAGUGGGGCAAGAGACGACCCUUCAUUGUGGGCGGUGCAGCUGCUACCAUCGUCUCCUUGAUGGUGUUAGCUUGGGCUGCUGAAAUAGUCGGUGGGUUUCUCGGCAUCUUUGGCGCCAACCGCGAGGGUCAAUUCGUGAAGACAAGCAUCAUGCUCUUCGCCGUGUUGUUCGUAUACGUGCUGGACUUCGCUAUCAACGUCAUCCAAGCUGGGAUUCGAGCAUACAUUGUCGACGUCGCCCCAACCCACCAACAAGAAGCCGCAAACGCCUGGAUGAUUCGGGCUUCUGGCAUAGGCAACAUCCUAGGCUAUCUCGCUGGAAAAGCCGACCUUCCUAAAUACUUUCCGUUCUUCGGCUCCACUCAAUUCAAGGUGCUUUGCGCCAUUGCGUGCAUCAUCAUGGCCAUCACUGUCGGUAUAAGCUGCGUCACGGUAUCGGAACGAGACCCCAGCUUCGAAGGACCUCCGACUUCUCAUGAAGGCCUCCUUAAUUUCUUCACAUCCCUCGCUCGCAGUAUACGCUCGUUACCUCUGCAGAUCAAAAGAGUCUGCGAAGUCCAGUUCUUGGCCUGGAUCGGCUGGUUUCCCUUCUUGUUUUAUAUCACGACAUACAUUGGUGACCUCUACUUCGACCAAGAAUACGAGAAGAACCCAAAUAUGACCGACGAGCAAAUCACUGACGUGUUAGAAGAAGGCACACGCGUUGGAACAGGUGCUCUUCUGAUCUUCGCCAUCACAACUUUCGCCGCCUCCGUCUUCCUCCCGUUCAUCAUUCCUCCCACAUACACCGCGCCCAAAGAAGCAGGCGGCGCGACAACACCUAUGACGCCCAUGACCCCUGGAACACCCGGUGGACUAGCAGGUUCCGGCUACUUUUCGCUCAAGGAAACCAGCCGAAGCUCCCGGCAUGCUAAGACUUUGUCGGCACGUCUCGCUGAGUACAGCAACAUCUUACAAAUUCAAAGCCUUACACUGCGCCGCGGUUGGUUCAUCUCGCAUCUGAUGUUCGCCGCCCUUAUGGCCGCUACCUUUUUCGUUCGCGGCACAACCUCGGCAACCAUACUGGUAGGCCUCAUCGGCAUCCCCUGGGCACUCACAAACUGGGCACCCUUUGCGCUUCUCUCCUCCGAGAUCUCCAAGCGCGAUGCUAUGCGCCGCGGUCUCCUCCGCCCGGAUCCAAGCGACCGCGAAGCCUCCCGCAUCGCUUCCGGUGAAGACGACGCUGCGGAAACUGGGGCUGAUCAGGCAGGUGUCAUUCUGGGCAUUCACAACGUGGCUAUUGCGGCGCCACAGGUCAUCGCUACGCUGUUCAGCUCGAUUAUAUUUAGGCUCUUGCAGAAGCCGAGAGGGACCCCGGGCGAUAACAGCGUUGCGUGGGUGCUGAGAUUCGGGGGGUGCUGUGCGCUUGUUGCUGCGUGGCUUACGCUGAGGGUGGCGGAAGAAAAGGAGGAUCCCGAGACGGUUAUCUCGAGGCGAAGGCGUCCGUCUUGA